AUGUCCACAACUACGAAAAAAUUUCGUGAAUUUAUGGCUGAACCAUUAGGUGAUAAAGGUAUUAGAGAUGUGCCUGGAAUCGGAGAAGUAUUGGGUACAAAACUGGCAGACGCGGGCUAUGAGAAAGCUUAUGUGUUAUUUGGCAAAUUUUUAUUAAGCAACAAAGAUCCAGAAUCAUUUCAAGAUUGGUUACAAACUCAAUGUGGUGCUAAUUCACACCAGGCAAAAACAACAACGCAAGCAUUAUCUGAUUGGGCCGAAGCAUUUAUUUAG